AUGACGCUCGUGUUAGAACGUUGGGUUAGUAGAUUUGUGACGGUCGCAGUGGCGCUACUGCCGAUCGUACUUCUACCCGAUUUAGUAGACGCUAGAACGCCGGCGUUAGCAACCGACGUCAGCAGCUAUUUCGCGAUCGAUGUGGACGACGGUGCCUUGCAAACGCCCGAGCUGAUCCGCAAAUAUGGAUAUGGCGUCGAGAGCCACGAAGCCACCAGCGCCGACGGUUACGUUGUGUCGUUGACGCGUAUUCCGCCGAAACAGCAGCGCACCGUCCACCGAUAUCCGAUUCUGCUCGUCCACGGGCUUCUGGGCAGUUCGGCCGACUAUCUGGUGAUCGGGCCCAACAACAGUCUGGCCUAUCUGCUGGCCGACCAGGGCUACGAUGUGUGGCUGGCGGAUAUGCGCGGCAAUCGGUACUCGCAGAAGCAUGUGCGCCUCGCGACCAACUCCAGCGACUACUGGGAUUUCAGCUGGCACGAGAUGGGCUACUACGAUCUGCCGGCCAUCAUCGAGUACGUCCUGCGCAAGACCGGCGCCCGGCAGCUCAUCUACAUCGGCCACUCGCAAGGUACGACCGUGUUUUUCGUGAUGGCCUCCGCCAGGCCGGAGUACAACGACAGGAUCGCCCGGAUGUACGCCCUCUCGCCGGCCGUCUGCCUCAAACGGUUACGCAGUCCCAUUUCGCGCUGGUUGAUUGAUCAUAUGUACCGGCUGAAGGAGUUGUUCGACAAUUUCGGAGUGCAACAGUUUCUUCCCCACAGUGCCCUGCAGUAUCAGAUCUCGCGCUUUCUGUGUCCGAUGACUGACGAAAACAACAUUUGCAUGCAGAUUGUCAACCAGAUGGUUGGCCCGAAUCCCAAGAUGGUGGACAUGAUGGCAAUGCAAAUCCUGACCGGGCACGACCCGGCCGGUGCAUCGGUGAAGCAGUUGAUGCACUUCGCCCAGAUCCAACGGUCCGGCCAGUUCCAGCAGUACGAUUAUGGCCGGCGGAACAACACCUUCUACUACAGCCACUGGAAGCCGCCGGUUUACAAUCUGUCGGCCGUGACCGUCCCGGUCACCAUUUUCUACGCCCUGAACGACUGGCUGGUCGAUCCGCGGGAUGCGCUGCGGUUCGCGCGACUCCUGCCGAACCGGCCGCUGGUGAAGGCCGUCGAAGACGAGAACUUCAAUCACCUUGACUUUGUGAUGGCCAAAAAUGCGCGCCGCCUCGUGUACGAGCCGAUACUGAGUGAUCUCCAGGAGAUCGAAGAGACGCCCCCGUAAACUGACCCAUCCUGAAACGAAGUUUCUAACAAGAUUUCACUUGUAUGCACCACGUUUCCAAAGACAAAUUGGUUUUUCUACAGAGUUAAGCAUUAGAAAGUGAUAUAACGUAUAGAGCUGCGAUGUGAGGUUGACGGAAAUUCAUACGGUGAGAAUUUCAUUUUAAAAUUUAAUGCCAACUCAUCGUGAUGUGAAACUCUUGUUGGAGAUCACCAAAUGGUUCAUUUCGCGUCGUUCAGAAUGAAGGCAGGUUAGUUAAGCCUAACUGCGCCCAACGCUUCCUGAUCACCCUCCAUGCAGGCCAUUUUGUGCGAUCCAGCGUUCCAGCAUCAAACAAUUACGGUUAUUAAAUAAU